AUGUUAACCCAAGUUUGGUUUAUCAUUUCAGCAUUUGUGUAUGUAAAAUGUGGUGAUUUUUACCCUACUUCCACAACUUUGAAUAAAAUCAACAGCAACACUUACUAUUUAAAUUUGAAGGUGAACCAUUCAACAUCAUUCCAACUAAUAUUAAAGCUUACGGAAAAGUUGCCAAAAGAAAUAAUAACCGAAGACUUUAACCUUUUAAUUUAUAAAAACAAUUCCUAUCAAGCAGGGUAUAACCUGGAACUUUUGGAAGGAUAUGAUUUGUCGAAUCCUUUAGCUUUGGCAAAUGGAUACUUUAAUGCAGGAAAUUUUUAUGGAAAGUUGAGGGUUGAUUUUAAAUCAUAUUUAAUAGAAAAACGAGAAUAUUAUUCGGAGUAUAAUAUAGAUGACGAUUCCUUAAAUGCUAUCGUUUUCACUGAAAUGCACCCAAACGAACAAAAUACGAAUAAACCGAAAGUUAAGAGAGGCAGCGCUAUUUAUGAAAACAAAGAGAAACAAUUUUUUAGACAAUUUAUUGGAGCAGGGAGAAUUUGUUCCCUAGCCCUUGUCUUGGACUAUUCAUAUUUAUGCUUGAUUCACAAGGGCGACUUAAACAGUGCUGUUAACCGAGUUAAAGAUGCCAUUUUAUUUGCAAACAAUAUUUUCCGAUCUACGGAUUUUGACGAUGAUGGAAUCCCCGACAAUAUUGGUUUCAAAAUAAGGCAAAUAAUCGCGAUUCAAAGCAAAAAAACCUUCAACCUGUUACCAGAGUAUAAAAAAGAACAUGUUCAAAAUGAAAACUUUAUAACGGCUUUCUCGCACUACCAAUUUAUUGGAGAAGUAUGUUUGGGGAUACUUUUUACCUCUCAAACUUUUGUUGGCAAUGUUCUUGGUGUAAGUUAUACUAGCUCGCCGAAUGCUAAACAAUUUGAAUUAGUGGAAGGCGGUAUUUGCGAAAAAAUGUUUUAUUACGGAAAAAAACGCACAAGAGGUAGUAACGCUCUUUUAAUAACCGCACCAGGCGGUCAAACCAACGUAACUCUGGACCUGGCCCUAACCCACGAAAUAGGGCACAGUUUUGGUGCUAUGCACGAUUUCGGUGAAUGCAGUGGUCAUAUAAUGAAUCCAACUACACAAGAUGGUUCAAUGGACACCCAUUACAUGUUUUCUAGAUGUAGCAAGGAUAGAAUGUUUAGUACUAUCAUCAGCAAGGGAUUCUGUCUAACUCCGGAAAAAGAGCCUUUCUGUGGAAAUGGGAAACGCAAAGGGGAGGGUACUGUUUACAAAAUGGAUAUGUCGGAAAUUGUAGCGAUGAUCGUAGAUGCGUUCUAG